AUGCCCUAUUAUGACCGCCAUAGUGGUUGCUAUGAAUGCGAUACUUGCACACGUCAAUUCGCUACCCAGCGUGCAUGUAACCAACAUAUGAACGAUACGGACCACUGGCAAACAUAUGAUUGCGAGGUCUGCGACAAGGAAUUUUGUACUCAACGCGCGGCAAACCAACAUAUGGAUGCCCUCGGCCACUGGGAAGAGGAGUACUAUCCUUAUGAGUGUGAGACAUGUACAGCCCGAUAUAUAUCGGAGACCGCCGUCCAGAGGCACAUGAAGAAGGCUGAGCACUACAAAUACUAUUGUAAGGCUUGUGAGAAGGCAUUCCAAAACCAGAACAACUUGAACAUGCACCUUAAAUCGAAGGUCCAUAUAGGCAAUGGUGUUAAAUGUCCAUUUUGCAAAACCGGCUACACCACCGCGAGCGGCCUGGCCCAUCAUCUUGAACGGGCUUCUUGUCCAAAAGCACCGAACAUGAACCGGGAGACCAUUCUCCGAAAGGUUCGUGAAUGCGAUCCGCAUGGACGCUUUACCACGAAACAGAUCACAUGGGAUGAUGAUGAGGAAGACAACUCCCACUACUCGGCCACUGACCGAGCCUACAAUGGCCGGUCUUGGGAAUGCUAUAUUUGCAAUUCUUGUUUCAAAUACCGCAGUGGUCUGAAUAACCACCUGAACUCCCCUGUGCACAAACAGAAUGUCUAUCGGUGCCCCAACCGCCGAAGUAAGUGUGGCAAGGAGUUUGUGACGCUUGCUGCAUUAUUCAACCAUCUAGAGAGUGAAUCCUGUGCUGUCGUGAGAUUUGAGGCUGUUCAGCGAGGAGUGAAGGAUUUGAUCGUAAGAGGGAGAAUGAUAACAUGCUGA